GUCCCUCAGGGUUCGCAGGCCCCGCCCCCCGCGGCCUGUGAUUGGACCGGCGCUCCAUCACUCAGGAUUGGGCGUUUGUCAUUGACCGGAAUGCCUGUGGCUUUUCAGAGCAGCUGUGUGGAGAUGGAAGCGAGGAAGUCACCAAGCCCACCUUCGACAUGAGUGACUUCAGGUGAUUACGGGACGGUUUAUUUAGCCUUAAAGAACUUGAAUCAGAUCCUUUCGCGUUGUUCCACAGGACACGAAGUGACUUUGAUAGUUUUUCCAGGAUUCACGCGGUUUUUCGGACGCGUUCCGUGCGCAGAGGCGCCGCUGGAGAGAGCCUGAUGCGCGCUGGAGAAUAAAAAAAGGACUUUGCGCAAACGAACGCCACAUCUCUGUACCACCAUGAGUUAGAUUAAACAUUUUCACCAACUUGAGACACACAUAAAGCACUUUUUUUUAGACAACGGGAGUCCUUAACUGGAAGUUUUCAUGCAGGACGCAUGGAGGAUCCGGUGUAAAGGUGCUCGAAGGAUGCCGUCUGGUCCCGGGUUCAGGACAUCUGGCUGUUGGAUGCUGCAGUUUGUCCCUCACAUCUGAGAGCCAUGGCUUCUGAGGUGGUGUGUGGUCUGAUCUUCAGAGUGCUGUUGCCAGUGUGUCUGGCGGCAGCAUGUCUUUUCAGGUACAAUGGACUGUCCUUCAUCUACCUCCUCUACCUCCUCCUCAUCCCUCUGUUCCCCGAACCCUCCAGUAUAACCAUGCAAGGUUACACUGGACACUUGCUGAAGUCUUUAUGCUUCUGCAGUAUGACCUUUCUCUUCAUCCACAUCGUCUAUCAAAUCACCAUCCACAGUUUGCUGGCUGCAAACUCUAUCGAUUCUGAAUUCAACUGUUCAGCGUGGGAGAAGUCAAUACGACAGAUUGGUUUUGAGAGUGUUAUUGGUGCAGAUGCAGGCAAUGGUAUCCGAGUCUUCCUGCCGGACAUUGGGAUGUUCAUGGCCAGUCUGUCCGUGUGGCUGCUGUGCAGAAAGCUGGUCCACAAGCGUCCCAGUGAAGAAAUGGCGCAGGACAACCAUGACUUUGAGCCCGAGGAGAAGGAGGAGGAUGACGAGAAAGUGGAAGAUGAUGAGGAGGAGGAGGACGAGAUGCUCUAUGACGAGGACUUUGAUGCAGAAGACGAGGCAGAGGAAGAGGAUGUGGACGGAGGAGGUCUGGAGGAGGAAGAGGAGGAGGAGGAGGAGGAGGUGCAGGAGAGCACAAAGAUGAAGAUUCUGCGCAGAGUUGCAGGAGUCGCAAAUAAACUCAAAGAGAUCAUCGGUAACCUCAUCACAACCGCUGGACAGGUGGUGGUCACCAUUCUCCUGGGAUUAACAGGUGUCACGCUGCCCUCUCUGAGCUCAGCCGUCUACUUCUUUGUGUUUUUGGGGCUGUGCACGUGGUGGUCGCUCUGCAAGACCUUCGACAAGCUGCUCUUCAGCUGUCUGUGUGUCCUCAUGGCCAUCUUCAGUGCUGGACAUCUCAUCAUACUUUAUUCCAACCAGUUCCAGUUCCUGCAGGAGGCCAUCAGCCUCAACGACAGCUACACCAGUGUGUUUGGCAUCUCCUCCAUUGUUCGGACCGACUGUUCCUCGACCUGGAAGCUUGCUGUCAACAGUGGUCUGAGCUGGCACCAUUUCGUCAAUCCCAUCAUGCUCUUGGUUCUGUACUACACACUGGCCACCUUGAUCCGUCUGUGGCUGCAAGAUCCCAUGAUCAUGCAAGAGAGUGAGGAAGAGGAGAUAAACGAGGGAAAUGAGACCGCGGGAAACAGCUUCGUUCACUCGUUGAUUGGGAAGCGGCUGCUCUGGUGGAAAGCGCAUCAGAAAACCGAGGAAAGAAAUCUAAUCUCCACUCAGGACGGGUACAGCACCUCGGAGGUAGCGGUGAUAAACUCAAAUGGGACGUCAUUUGAUUAUGUCUCUGCUGUGCCCAUUGACAACGGACCGGUCAGUCUGGACAUUUACUCAACUCCUCAGUACAAAGUGGACCAGCCUGUCGAAUUCGAAGAGAAGACGGAUGAAAACACGAAUGAGAUCUUGGACUCACAGCUGGAGGAGGAAGAGGAGAAGACAGAUGCAGAAGAGGAAGAGGAAGAAGAGGAGGAAGAGCAGGGUGGACCACCAGGAGCUCUUGUGAAAGUGUUCAAGUUCAUUAUGAAGCAGAGCUACAUCUGUGCUCUUAUUGCUAUGAUGGCGUGGAGUAUAACGUACGUGAGCUGGCUGACGUUUGUCUUUCUGCUGUGGUCCUGUACUCUGUGGAUGGUGCGUGACCGGAGGAAAUACGCCAUGAUGACCUCGCCGUUCAUGGUGGCCUAUGGGAACCUCCUGUUGGUCCUUCAGUAUAUCUGGUGUUUUGAGCGCUUGGAUCCAGUGCCGGGUUUCUUUCUGAAGAUGGAGGUGCCCUUCACUGAACUGAGCACCAAGGUUCUGUGUCAGCUGAGUUUCUGGCUUCUGCUCAGACAAACUUUGAUGGAGAGACAACAGAAGAUGGAAGAGGAAGCAGCUCUUUGUGACGUCCAAAUAGAUGAGCAAAAAAAAGAGGAAGAAAAAGAGCAAGAGGAAGAGGAGGGGGACGAGAACGACCUGAUGCAUGUGAUUGGGAAACUAGUGAUGGCUCUGCUGGUGAAAUACUGGAUCUAUGUUUGUGGAGGAAUGUUCUUCUUCGUCAGCUUCGAAGGAAAGAUGGUCAUGUACAAGAUUAUCUACAUGAUGAUGUUUCUGUCCUGCGUGGCUCUUUAUCAGGUGCAUUAUGAAUGGUGGCGCAGGAUCCUGAAGUACUUCUGGAUGUCUGUGGUGAUGUACACCAUGCUAGUGCUCAUCCUAAUCUACACCUGUCAGUUUGAGAACGCCAUCGCUACCUGGACCAGAAUGACGGGGAUAAGAGAAGAAGGACUGAAAGCCAUGGGUCUGGAGAAGUACAUCCUCUCUGAUCUGUUCACCCGUAUCUUCAUCCCCACGUCCUUCCUGCUGGUCUGCAUCCUGCACCUGCAUUACUUCCACGACCGCUUCCUGCAGCUCACCGAUCUCAAAGCCGUCAUCAGCAAAGAGCAGAGCACCAUUUACAGCUAUACUAAAGUCAGUGGUCGUAUCUAUCUGAUCGUGGAUAGACUGGCUCAUCCUGACGGGAGUCUGGCGGAUCUGACGAUGAUGAGCACAUCUCCAGAGCCGCUGCUGAAGGAGGAGAAGGAGAGAGAGUCCAUGGACAAGGUGCUGGUCGUGGACUGUGUGGAGGAGGAGGAGAAGAAGAAAGAGUCUCUGUCCAUUCAUUCAGCUCAUCUGUCCAGUCAGGAGGACAUUCAGCAGUUCAGUGCCACCACAGAUCCAGAACUGCCCUCAGAACAGAGCUCAGACCUCAAGAAUAAAUGGCACUUGGUGGUGGACCGGCUCACGGUCCUGUUCCUCAGGUUCCUGGAGUACUUCCACAAGCUGAAGCUCUUCAUCUGGUGGCUCCUGGAGAUGCACAUCAUCAAGAUCGUGUCCACUUACAUCAUCCUGCUCUCUGUUAAAGAGGUUUCGCUGCUGAACUAUGUGUUUUUGAUCUCAUGGGCGUUUGCGCUGCCGUAUCAACAGUUUCGAGUUCUCGCUUCCAGCAUUUGCACCAUCUGGACAUGUGUCAUCAUCGUCUGCAAGUUGUUUUAUCAGCUAGAGACCAUCAGACCUGAUAACUACUCAAGUAUUUGUACUAUGCCAUUAAAUUACACAGAAAAUCAAAAGAUGGAUAUGAAUUAUUCCCUACUGUACCGGAAGCCUGUGGAUCCGGCAAACUGGGUCGGUCUGGAGAAGUUUGUAGAUAUACUGCCCAACCUGAGGAAUAACUUGUUGAUGUUGGCCAUCUUGGCGUUUGAAGUCACCAUUUACAGACACCAGGAGUUUUUCCGUCUGAGAAACAAACUCUCUCCUCCUCCGUCUCGGACCAUCUUUCAUGACAUCACCCGGCAACAUCUCGACUACAGCAUCAUCAACUGCGCCAAAUACUUCAUCAACUACUUCUUCUACAAGUUUGGUUUAGAGGUGUGUUUCCUGUUGGCGAUCAAUGUGAUGGGUCAGCGGAUGGAUUUCUACUCCAUGCUGCACGGCUUGGCUUUGGCUGUGGUGAUGUACAGACGCAGGCGGAAAGCCAUCGCUGAGAUCUGGCCCAAAUACUGCUGCUUCCUGGCCUGCAUGAUCACCUUCCAGUACUUCAUCUGCAUUGGAAUCCCACCGGCUGCUUGUAAAGAUUAUCCCUGGAGGUUUCCUGGUUCCAUGAUGGAUUCUGAUGUUAUUAAAUGGCUUUACCUUCCUGAUUUCCACACUCAGCCCAACUCCAUGUUCCUCGUCUAUGACUUCAUGCUGCUGCUGUGUGCGUCGCUGCAGAGGCAGGUGUUUGAAGAUGAAAACAAAGCUGCGGUUCGUCUGAUGGCGGGAGAUAAUGUAGAGAUCUGUCGAGACCUGGACGCGGCAUCCUUCAGCGUUCACAACCCCGUACCAGACUUCAUUCACUGCAGGUCGUACCUGGACAUGCUGAAGGUGAUCAUGUUUAGCUACCUGUUCUGGUUCGUCCUGACCAUCAUCUUCAUCACGGGCACGACUCGGAUCAGCGUCUUCUGCAUGGGUUACCUGGUGGCGUGUUUUUACUUCCUGCUCUUUGGUGGCGAUCUCUUGCUCAAGCCAAUCAAGAAGAUCCUCCGUUACUGGGAUUUCCUCAUAGCUUACAAUGUCUUCGUCAUCACAAUGAAGAACGUGUUUGCUAUUUUGGCGUGUGGUUAUAUCAAGCAUUUGGUGAAGAAUAGCUGCUGGUUGGUUCAGCUGCUCAGUCUUGCCUGCACCAUAAAAGAAUACAAAGCUCUUGAAGGCGUGUCUUUAGAUGGAUGUGAGGUGCCGAGGGACGAGGCCGGGAUUAUUUGGGACAGUAUCUGCUUUACGUUCCUCCUGCUGCAGAGACGUGUCUUCAUGAGCUACUACUUCCUGCAUGUGGUCGCAGACAUCCGCGCCGGACAGAUUCUCGCAUCUCGAGGAGCAGAGCUGUUUCAGGCCAGCAUUGUGAAGGUCGUGAGAGCUCGUCUGGAGGAGGAGAAGAGAUCCAUGGAGCAACUGAAGAGACAGAUGGAUCGUAUUAAGACGCGGCAGCAAAAGUUCAAGAGAGGAAAGGAGAAGAUGCUCAGCAUGGCUCAGGUGUCUGGAGACGAGCAGAAACUCGUCCAACCUGACGACAACGAAGACGAUGACGAUGAGAAAAAGAAAAACAAGGUGCAAAAAAAGCAGUGGUGGAGGCCUUGGGUUGACCAUGCGUCCAUGGUGAGAAGUGGUGAUUAUUACCUGUUUGAAACUGACAGCGAAGAGGAAGAGGAAGAGGAGGAGAAAAAAGAAGAAGAACUGCCCAAGAGAUCAGCCUUCCUGCGAGCGAUCAGAAAGUUUGCUUCGGCCCUCGUGGCUUUACCAAGAUCUAUCAUUAAACUGCCCAAAACUGUUCUUCAGUAUUUAAUCAGGGCGGCCAAGUUUGUGUAUCACACCUGGAUCGCUGACUCUAAAGCAGCCCUGAAAGAAAGAGGCAAAGGGAGACGUCAUUUCUGGAAGCGAUACGGCCGCAGACGUAGAAAAGACAAGAAAGACGGUCAUGUGGCGAUAGAGAUCGGUGAAGAAGAUCGUCAGAGUUCAGAGGAAGACAAAACGGACGGACCAGACAACAUCAUCAAGAGGGUCUUCAACAUCAUCAAGUUCACCUGGGUGCUGUUUCUGACCACCGUUGAGAGCAUCACCAAGUGGCUGAACUCCGUCUGCAGAGAAUACAUCGAUAUCUCCACCGUUCUGCGCAUCGAGCGCUGCAUGCUGACCAGAGAAGUCAAGAAGGGAAACGUGCCGUCCCGCGAGAGCAUCCAUGUGUACUACAAGAAGCAGAUGAAACUGAACGGAUCUCGUGAAUCUGGACUGGACCGGAUCAGUGAGGAGGACUCCUGCUCGAACAGAGCGCGCCGCAGACGAGUCGAUCACAGUCUGGAUUCCUUCGCUUCCAGAGACAGCAUGUCCAGCGCAUACACCGAAGCCACCAUGCUGUUGUCCUGUCAGUCCACUCUGGAUGACUUAGACGACAUGCCUCAGAAUAUUCCCAAAACCAGCGAACGCGCUCGUCCCAAACUACGCAAAAUGUAUGGUCUGGACAUGUCCAACUCCUCUGCGGACAGUGGAAGCAGCGUCAUGUCCAGUGAAGCUACUCAGUGCAUCACACUGUUCUCUCGGCAAGGAACCAACGACACUAUAGACGAGGUCGAGGACGAGAAAGAACAGGUGCAGGUGAAAGAGGACGAAACCGCUGAGACUGUUGAGGACAAACCUGAGAGAGCAGAUCACGAGGAACUGAAAGAGGAAGAAGUGAAACAGGAAGCAGCCAAUGAGCUGGAAGAGGAAGAGACACAGGAAGUGACAGGUGAGCUGCCAGAAGAAGAGAAGCAGGAAGAGACAGAUGAGCCAGAAGAGGAAGUGACACAAGAAGGGACAGACGAGCCAGCAGAAGAAGAGCAGGAAGCGACAGAUGAGCCGGCAGAGGACGCUACAGGAGAUGUGGAAGAGGAAAUCCAAUGGGAUUUAGUGGAUCCAGAGGAAGCAGUUGAAGAUGAUCAGGUUCCUCAGCUGGAUUGUGAGGAGCAUCGAGAGGAAGAGCAGUACAUUACUGAAGAUGAGGACGGUGAACAGCCGAUCCGACAGGACGAGGGCGAAUCAUCAGGACUGGAGAACGUGGUCAGCGGACAGCUUUUCACCCCGGACACAGACGCCCCCAACACCUCGGACGCUGACGUGCCGCCCAGCUACAGCAAAGCCGUGAGCUUCGACCGUCUGUCUGUGAGCUCGGACGAAAGUGACAGUGACAAACGGCUGAUGCUGAUGACGCCUGACAGCAGAUCCGAUCUGGACGACCCUCUGCUGCCCUCCAUGACCACCGAUCUGACCGCCAGCGAACUGCUGCUCAACAAAAUGUUCUAUGAUGAGGAGCUGGAAAACUCUGAGCGUUUCUAUAAAUCGCAGCCGCUCGGGCUCCAGCUGUGUUAUGCUCUCUAUAACCUGCUGGUGGCGCACUCUGAGAUGGUCUGUUUCCUGGUCAUCAUCCUCAACCACAUGAUCUCGGCUUCCAUGGUGACACUGGUGCUCCCCAUCCUCAUCUUCCUGUGGGCGAUGCUCUCUGUUCCUCGGCCCAGCAAGCGUUUCUGGAUGACGGCCAUCGUGUACACAGAGGUCACCAUCGUCAUCAAAUACUUCUUCCAGUUCAGUUUUUUCCCAUUCAACCAGAACCUGAAAGUCAACGAGGGGAAGCCAUACCAUCCGCCCAACAUCAUCGGCACAGAGAAGAAGGAAGGAUACGUGCACUAUGACCUGAUUCAGCUGCUGGCGCUGUUUUUCCACAGAUCCAUACUAAAGUGUCACGGUCUCUGGGAUGAAGACGACCCUAAAGCGUCCCAUAAGGAUGAGGGUCUUCAUCGGGAUGAUUCUGUGGACGAGGGGAAGAUGGCGGUGGUGAUUCCAGCUGAAGAAGAGAAGAAGAGUUCUCCAGCGUACUCGCUCAAGUCCGUGAACCUCGGCAGGUCCGUGGAUUCGUCCCAGGUCCAUGUGCAGAUACUUUACCCCGAGCAUCGGCCUCACCUGCGACGGCAGAGCACUUGCGGAUCUCACCUGUCCCGCCGCUCAUCUGUGCGCUCCAAACGCGGCAGCACAAGCACACGGAACAGCGUUCAUAGAGAAAACAGCAGCACAGAGCCAGAAGUACCACAGAAGAGCCGCAAAGAACUGAUUAUGGAGAAGAUCCGAGAGCAGCUCAUCAAAGCAAAGGUUUAUGUGAUCAAAAAACUGGUUGAGUUCUAUCAGCCCAUCCGUCAGUUCUUCUAUAACCUGAUCCACCCGGAGUACAACGCCGUCACAGACGUUUACGUCUUGAUGUUUCUAGCAGACACUGUUGAUUUCAUCAUUAUUGUCUUUGGCUUCUGGGCAUUUGGGAAACACCAGGGAGGUGCUGACAUCACAUCCUCGCUGUCUGAAGACCAAGUUCCCGGGCCGUUCCUCGUCAUGGUGCUCAUCCAGUUCGGCACGAUGGUGGUGGAUCGCGCCCUGUACCUCCGCAAGACAGUGAUGGGAAAAGUGAUUUUCCAGGUCGUCCUGGUGUUCGGCAUCCAUUUCUGGAUGUUUUUCAUCUUACCAGGAAUCACAGAGAGGCGCUUCAGUCAGAACCCGAUCGCUCAGCUCUGGUACUUUGUGAAAUGCAUUUACUUCGGCCUGUCAGCGUAUCAGAUCCGCUGUGGAUAUCCGACUCGCAUCCUGGGAAACUUCCUCACCAAGAGCUACAACUACGUCAACCUCUUCCUCUUCCAGGGGUUUCGUCUGAUCCCGUUCCUGACGGAGCUGCGUGCGGUGAUGGACUGGGUUUGGACGGACACGACGCUCAGCUUGUCUAGCUGGAUCUGUGUGGAGGACAUCUACGCUCACAUCUUCAUCCUCAAAUGCUGGAGGGAGUCCGAGAAGGUAAGAAAGCGGGAAAUAGCAGGCAGCUUCCUCCAAAGGCAGCAUCCUGAGCAUCUGUGUGUGUGUGUCGUGUGGCAGCGUAACCCUCAGCCACGCGGCCAGAAGAAGAAGAAGGUCGUGAAGUAUGGAAUGGGCGGCAUGAUCGUGAUGCUCCUGAUCUGCAUCGUUUGGUUCCCGCUGCUCUUCAUGUCUCUGGUCAAAUCUGUGGCAGGAGUGGUCAACACCCCGCUGGACGUGUCCGUCACGCUCACGCUGGGAGGACUUCAGCCGAUCUUCACGAUGAGUGCCCAGCAGAACCAUCUAAAAACUGUGUCUCCUGCAGAGUUUGCCGAGUUUGUAAAAAAAUACAGCUCUGAUGCAAAUGCUUUGCAGUUCCUGGAGUCUUAUAUUCCUGAGGAUUUGACCAUAGCCCAACUAGAAGGAAGUUCCAACUCGCUCUGGACCAUCAGCCCCCCGAGCAAGGAGAACCUCAUUAAAAUGCUCAGUAAAUCAACUGAGACGUUCCCUCUCACCUUCGCCUGGUCCAUACAGAGGAACCUCAGUCUAGGUGCCAAAGUUGAAACUGCAAUAGGAAAACACUACAUUGACUUGGACGAAAUUACCAGAAGUAAACUAACAAAUCUUCUGAAUGGAACCGAGCAAAAAGAAGUGAACAUCACAAACAUUUUUCCAAGAUACAUCAGAGCACCGAGCGACUCCAAUGCCAAGCCUAUUGAGCAGCUUUACCUCGGGAAACAAUACAUGAACAUCACACUGUCCUUACAUAAAUCCAACCAAAAUAGCACAGAAGGCCUCCAGGAGUGGUGGAUCGUGAAACAGACGGAAAGAGGGCCUAUAUCUUUGAAGGAUGGAAACGAAUCUGGUCUGGAGCUGUACAUCAUCAGUGACCAAGUCAGUCCACCCAGUCUGGGCUUUCUGGCUGGUUAUGGGAUCAUGGGUCUGUACAUGUCAGUGGUUCUGGUUAUCGGGAAGUUCGUGCGCGAGUUCUUCAGCGGGAUCUCUCACACCAUCAUGUUCGAAGAGUUGCCCAAUGUGGACCGGAUCCUCAAGCUCUGCACCGACAUCUUCCUGGUCCGAGAGACGGGGGAACUGGACCUGGAGGAAGACCUGUACGCCAAACUCAUCUUCCUCUACCGCUCUCCAGAAACCAUGAUCAAGUGGACCAGAGAGAAGAGUGAGUGAGUGAGGAUGAGGACGCUGACCUUCGGAGGAACUCCAUGAGAAGCGUAAAGCGGGAAUUGUGCCUCCUUCCCAAAGAGCACAGUUGAAUUGAACCAGAGAAGCUUUGCUCUUCAUGUUAACUGAUGAAACGUUAGCACUCGUGUAGUUUUCAUCCAGUGGACGUGCACUUGCUAGUGUUUUUUAAGGGCUUGAUAAGUGAACUUUAGGGCUUCCAGGCAUGCGCCACUUUGAUACGACUCUCGUCUUUGGGAGUGCAUGCGACGUUAUGGACGUAGACGAGAAAUACUCAACCUACUACAGACUUUGGGCUUGAUUUUUAACUUCUCUCUGAAGAUGAGAAACUGAAGCCCUGUAGGUGGCGCUGUGAAUUUCGUGACAAUCUCUAUUUGCCUUAUUUCAUUAGUACAAUCAACUAGACGCAUCAUUAUCCACCACCUUUCUCAGGAAUACAUUCGGAUCAUUUCAUCACGACGGGAUCUCAAGCUUUUUUCUCAUGUACAACAAAGUGUGAAGUGGAGCGUACGCAACAGUAAUAACUUCACUCCUUGGGGACUUUAAGGAGAUCAUCUGUCAUUUAUGAACACAGAUUAGGAAAGUGUGAAGGACGUUUAGUGUUUUUAUAAGGCUUGGAGUAUUAUGGCUUUUCAAAGUGAAUGGGAGAUUGUUUUCACAUUACAAUUAAUGAUUGAUCAGUUUCAGCAGAUCUUGUUAUUUAAGAGCCUCAUUUCAUGAAAUAGAAAGAAUUUGAAUGUGUUUUCUGUGUACAUUUCCUCAUACGUCCAAAUGGUUUUAUGAAUGGUUUACAUAGAAAUUAGUUCAGAAGGAAUUUCGAAUGUGUCUGUGUACUGUACAUUUGUUUGUAAAUUCAAAUGAUUUUAUGAAUGAUUUACAUCGAAUUACUAAUUUUUGAAUGUGUUUCUAUGUAUAAA